AUGAAAUCUUUUAUUUUUCGUCAAAACCCAAGAAAACAACAACAAGAGCAAAAUAAUUUAGUUGACUACAGUGAUAGUGAUGAUGAUGAAGAAUGCAAUGACGACAUCUUCGUUAAUAAUGAAAUUAUUAUAAAUGUGUCUGAAAAAAGUAGUAAAGACUAUGGGCUGUUUAUUUGGGAUGGUAGUUUAGUAUUAUCUUGGUAUUUAUUCACUCUUACAAAAAAUAACCCUCAAUUUUGGAAUGGAAAAAAUGUUUUAGAACUAAACGCUGGUGUUGCCUUACCAUCAAUUCUAUUAUCAAAAUUAGGUGUAAAUAAAAUUAUCAUUACAGAUCGUAUUGAUGGAUUUAUUGAAAUCCAAAAUAACAUUAUUGAUAAUUUAAAUUUAAAUGGUUUCAAUAUUAAUAAUAAUAAUAAUAUUAAUGACAAUAAAAUUUUCAUUGAACCUCUAUCCUGGGGGAAUUUUGAAAAAUUUUCAAACCAAUUAACCUCUUCAUCUAUUGAUUAUUUAAUAACAUCAGAUUGUUUUUAUGAUAAUACCAAAAAUUAUGACGAUAUUUUUGCAACAUGGUAUUAUUUUUUGUUAAAAAACGAUAAAUUAGUAAUUUUAUUAACCUACCAAGUCAGAUGCAAUGAAAAGACAAUUUUUAAUUAUUUAAAAAAGUGGAAGUUAAAAUCAGAAAUUUUAUCAAUUAAAGAUAUAUCAAUACCAAAUUAUAAUAUUGAUUCUGAAAUAAUCUUAAUUAAAAUUACAAAAAAUCAAUAA